AUUAACCCCUAUAGAUCCUCGUGCUGCUGCAUGCAUCCAUCCAAUUGCAGUCUCCAGCAGCAGCACGAGGAUCUAUCGGGGUUAAUGGUUCCAGCACUAGAGAUUGGAAAGCCAGCUGGUGGAGCGAUGAAAGAUGCUGAUAACGAGCCAAUACCACUAGCAUCUCUGUCCCGUUUCUCUUCUGCUCCUUUUUCUCAUAUCCCGUGUAGCCUUUUCUUAUCACCACUAUAUGCUCCGAGUGGUCUCUUAUCGUCUGGCACAUGGUAUUACGGAUGGAUGAUGUGAAGCAGAAAGGCCAAGUCCUUUCGACUGCCAUCCCUUGUGCCACCCCCCAUGCCACGCACAAAGCCUGAUGAACUGGAAAGUUGCUUCGCCGCAGUAGCACUCCAGCAGUAAGAAGACAUGAUGUUAAGCGAGUCCUACUACGUGAUGAAUGGAGCUCAAUUUUGUUGGACUCUUAAUGAUGUGCCGCUGUAUCGCAUUUGACACAGAUGGGACUGUGAUUACUGAUUGAGAUCAGCGUCCUUUCUCGUCUGAUAACUACGGUUAUCACUCACUCUCCUCGAGUGAUGUUCGAUUUCAACAAGACAUGUCGCUUGGCUUCUUAAUCCCAUCGGCACCGACAACUCGUAAUGAAAGCAUUUGCAUCGGUAUCAGUUCGAAGGAGAAGGCUGAGGAUUUGGGGUUUCAGGAGAUCGUCCCCUUGAACGCCGGGAAUGUGUUGGGCCCCGAGGACAAAGGCCCCGCCUGCAAAUGGCUCUCCCUCAUUCGGCAGGUGCUGAAUCCCCCCGGAAUCCACGGCGACGCCUCGGAGUCCGACUCCCCGUCGGCUCAGAAGCCGCGGGUCAGCUUCUCGGAUCUCUUGUCCAUGGAGCUGGAGCUGGAGGAGCCCGAGGACGAGCUCGCGAGCAUGAAUCCCAGCUCCAGCAGCGGCGGCGAGUCGCCGGAUCUCUACCUGGGAUCGAUCACGCCGCACCGCGGGGGUUACUGCCUCGCCGCGAGCAAGCAGAUGGUGGGCAUCUUCCUCUGCGUGUGGGUGCGAGCCAGCAUCAUGCACCGCAUCAGCGCCCUCGAGAUCUCCUGUGUCGGCAGAGGCAUCAUGGGCUGCAUGGGGAACAAGGGAUCGAUCUCGAUCAGCAUGACUCUGGAGCGAACCACGUUCUGCUUCAUUUGCACGCAUUUGGCGUCAGGAGAGAAGGACGGCGACGAGGUCCGAAGGAACUUGGAUGUCGCGGAGAUCAUGAAGAGAACUAGAUUCCAGCAAUCACAUAGGAUCGCAGGGCCAGCGCCAUAUCUACCGGAGACAAUUCUGGAGCACGACAAGAUUAUAUGGCUCGGAGAUCUCAAUUACCGAUUGGCUUCCACGAACAGCGACACCCAUCAACUGUUGCAGAGGAAUGACUGGGAAACCUUGUUGCAGAAGGACCAGCUUCUGAUAGAACAGAGAGCCGGACGUGUGUUUGCCGGAUGGGACGAAGGGAAGAUAUAUUUUCCUCCGACAUACAAAUACCUUGCGAAUUCUGACAUUUACGCCGUCGAUCAAGCAAAAUCGAGAGAGAAAAGGCGCACCCCUGCUUGGUGCGAUCGUAUACUGUGGCGGGGGAAGGGGAUGAAGCAAAUGAGUUACGUGAGAGGGGAAUCGCGGUUCUCCGACCACCGCCCGGUCUACUCCCUCUUCUCUGUACUGAUGAACGACGGCCUGUUCGACCACGGCGGGGUGAUGACGGCCGAAGAGCAUAAAGCAGCCGACGUGGAUUCAAAUAGCAGCAGCCCCCUGUCGUCGUCAUCGCGAGGGAAGGUGCAGGCCGAGGAGCUGUUCCUCGUAGCAACAGCACCGAAGCCACAUGGAAGCCGACGGGUUCCGAACCUAUAACCAUCCUAUUCUUCUUUCAUUAACCAAUACAAACGAAGAAAGAGAUGGAAGCCAAGCUGUGCUCCGCGAAAAGCCAACGAGCGGCAUUUGCUCGGUUAACCAAACACUAAGCGGACGCCGCGGCGUGUCAAGGGGAAGCCAAAGGCGACGGCCUUUGCGCGUGCAAUGCCGACCUCGUGCUCGCAGGUUUGUCUCGAGAAAGACGUAGCUGUUGUAGCCCCCAAAUCGAGGAGGGAAACUCGAUGCUUUCAUGUUUUUUGAUGAUGAAGAAACAAAAAUGUGGUGAAGCGAUUGAUGAGUUAACGGAGAAGUAUGUAAAGCAUGGCAGCUCGAGUUGCAUCUUUUCGUCA